CUUGUUUAAACAUGGCGUCCUCAAAUGUACAUUUUUACGAAAGGCAAAAGGAAUUGCAAGACACAAUAGCAAACUGGUAUAAAAAGGGGGUGAUAUCUGUUGAUUAAACAUCAAAAUUACAUAUCUUUCAUUUAUGUUUCAAUUUUCAUCCAACGUAUUUUCAUCAUAAAAUAAAUUAAAUAUUUAAACUUUAAAAAUUUAUCAAACUUCUUAAUUAAUCUUAUUCUUAUAACUUAUACUUAUACUUAUAGCCUGAAAUUUUAGGCCUAAUAAUUUUUUUUAAGGUCUAAGUUUAAGAAAUGCCUAUAGUUAUUAUUAAAUUUCUCUUUGUUAAUCUUAAUCUCAUACUUAUUUUUAUUUAUUUAUUAUACUUUAAUUUUAAUAAUUAUAUUAGACUAUGGAUAUGAAUAUAUAUCAAUAUAUCAAUAAUUAUAAUCAUCUACAGUAUUUUUUAGUUAAGUUAAUAUAGUUAUUUCAUACUUUAUCAAUAUCAGUGUACAAAUUUUAAAAAGUAAAUCUUAAGUAACUUCACUGAUUUACCUUUUAAAAAAGCAGACAUUUCAAUAUAAAUCUCUGCAUUAACUAUGUCUACACAUCAAUUAUGUCAAUAAUAUUGACAAUAUUGUCAAAAAAGCUUUUAGAAUUUCCAGACAUGUAUGUAUGGCUGUAUGGUAUGUUUUUGUAUAUGAUUAUGUAGCUUACAAGAUUUCCCCCUGGAAAAAUUAACAUUUUAUAAUAAUAUUUUUUUAAAUAGCUAACGUAAGCUACUUUCAGAAAAGCAGAUGGAUUUUCUUUGUAAAGCUCAUAUAAAAGCCUGGGCUUUGAAAAUAUUUAUGUUUCAAAUAAUAUGUGAUGAGGACAAGUUUUUUUUUGUAGCAUAACGUGACAUAAGUUGAUAAUUGCAGUGAGCAGCAAAGAGCAAACCUGGACCUCGAGUUCAGAAGAGCUAUUCAGGUGGAUGAAACAUCGUAAGUAAAAUUUUAUUUUAAGAUAUACAUCAGAAUUUUUAAGUUAAUCAAGUGUUAAUAAAAUGUAGACUUUCAAUAUGAUCAAGCUGACUUAAGACUAAAUUUGGAUUGAAUAUCUGAAAUGUUUAUAAUUUUUUUUUAUCACUCUCUGUUUCUCAUAAUACUUUUAAAAGCUCCAAAAUGAAAGCCACAAGACUGCAUACAUACUGGAAAAAGAUUUGUGAGGAUGAGCGCCGAGCUAAACAAAGAAAUGAAAUGCUCCUAAGAGAGUUUCAGAGAAUUGAUACUCACAUGUCAGAGAUGAAUGCAAGAACACAAAAACUAGCAUUAAUGAAGGUAGUUAUGUCUUUCUUAUAGUUAUAUAUACAGAAUAUUUAUAACCUAAAAAAAGGUUUAUUUAGUAAACAUAAUUAAAAAUAAUUUUAUUUUUCAGAAGCAAUAUGAAGAUUACAUUGCAAGAACAUAUCCUCAAUGGAAUGAACUGAUGAACGGACUUCCCAAAAAACAACAACAGGAGCCACCUACAGAUGAUCAAUCGCAAUUCAAAAGCUCUACAACAUCUAAACAGAAUCAGCCAUCACAGGUUUCUUGUUUAAAUUCUGCUAAAUAUUCUAUCAUUGCUUUUUUUUCAAAAUAUACCUUUGAUCCUAUCUUAUAUAUUUAAAAAAAUUUUAUUGUCCUAUUCGAAACAGAAUAAUAAUUGUACUUAACAAAACAAUUCGAAUUAAUAAUACUGAUAAUUGUUUUUGGUUUUUUUAGCAAAAUUUAGAAAGGUCAAAUGCAGAAAGUCCUCUUUCAAACACUCAAGUCUCUAUAAAUCAUAAAACCCAAGAAAACUCUGUUGUUAAAACUGAUGACCGUUUGUCAGUGAGAGCCAAUAUUCCAAGGACAGAUUCAUCAAAAACAAAACUAAAAGAUCAACAACCAGAGCAUGGUGAGCAAGUACAUCAUGAAUACAAUGAAGAUAGUCAGUUCCGUAAGUUUUAUUUAUUGCUUCAAUUUUGUUUUGUUCAAGUAUAGUUAUUACUUAAAGAGAUUACUUCCUUACCUAUGUGAAACAUAAGUCUUCUGUAAUUGAAUAAUAAUUAUGUUUAUUUUUAGCAAAAAGUCUAAUUUAUGCUUGAAAGAAAAACUAAAGGCCUAAGUCCACAUUCAUUUACUGUUAAAAUGUUAUGUUAUAAUUUUUUUACUUUUAUUCUGUCUUGCUGAAAUCUUGAAAAACAGAAGAGUAAAUAUACAUAAAAUAAACGCAUGUCAUAAAAUCACCAUAAUAAGAGGGAUAUUUAUUUAUCUUUGUGAUCAUUUGACUACACGGCUUAAUAUUUGGCCUUUGAUUUAUUUUUCACAAAGCAAUUAAAUAUUUUAUAACCAUAUUAUAGAGUAUAAAAAGGAAGGGCAUGCACAUAAGCCUGGAGAGUACAAUGAACAGGAUGAGAUCAAACCUUCUGGAAUUUAUGCUAACCUGCCGCUCUCUAACAAUGAUCAUGGAGACCAGCUGGAUCUGCGGAACCAACCAGAGAAAGAAGAAACAAUACAACAACCAAACAAAAUUGAUAAAAAAAAUGUUCAUCCAAACAGAAGUGCUGAAAGCCAAUCCAGACCCCCUGACAAACCUACAGAGUCUCUAUCUAGUAAGCCACUAAUUUUAACAAUCCUAAGUAAACUAUGCAUUAUACUAUAUUUGCCUGUAAAGAAAGGGGAUCAAAUUAUUUGUAGAAAAAAAAAUUCUAUCUUAAUUGGAAUUAUGCUGGUUAUUAAAAAAACAAUGUUCUGGAGCAGCAGCGAUUUUGCAAUUUGAAUGACUUAAACUGAAAAUAACAAGCCACAUCAUCUUCAUAGCAAAUUUAAAAUAAGAAAGCACAAUUUUUACAGCUUGAUUUUUCAGCAUAAAAUCCCAGCUAAUAUUUUAUUAUAAUUAUGUAAUUGCCCACUUAGAGUCAAUGGUGCCACUAAAAGAGGAUGAUGAGGCCAGUGAGUUUAUGACUGACAGUGAUCUCCCCAUGGCCAAUUCACUGGGUAACACACAGGUCAAACCAUUCAGCCAGAAUACAAGAGAAGUUGAGAGCACCAAAAUAAAAAAAACUUCAGGGUCAGAAAAUUUUUUUAAAGAUUUUAAAUUUUUAUGCUUCCACACUCCGUAAAUGAAAAGCAAUGGAAAGAAUUUGAGACUGAUUUAGAAAUAAUUAUGACCACCUAAAUAAAUAAUAUCUUUACUGCCAAACUGUAUCAAAAUUGAUAAAGAGAAAAUAGAUUUAUUCUGUCAUUAAAUUUAAAUUGUUACAUUAUUGGAGGGUUUAUUCUUUGUUUACAUAAUUAAAUUUAAUUAAAAAGUCAUUUACUCCCUCUUUGUUUUUUAAAAAAGAUGUUGUCCAUGAUUGUAAAAAAUGUUGCAAGUCUCAAUAAAUUUGUAUCAUAAGCUCCAACAUCUAGUGGCCAGAUAUUUCAGUGUUGCAAAUGAUUACACAGUUAAAAUAUUUAAAGUUCCAUAUUAUAGGUAGAUAAUUAUUUUUAAAAAUGUACUUUUUAACAUUCUGCAGGUCUAUAAAGCCAGAGCUUUCUGUGGAUGGUUUACUAAAUCUCCUGAAAGUCAUAGAAUCAGACAUGGUGGAUGCAUUUUCACACGAAGGAUAUUACAGAUCUUCUUGGCCUAAUACAGCACAGAAAAAUGACAUCAUUAGGUUAGUGCAUCAAGUGGUGUUGUAAACCUAUUGUUUAUUUCUUCAGUAUUCAGUCUAAUGUUGCUUUUACUUUUCCCAAGGAGUUUUAUCCUUGGUGUAACUGGUAUCAUUAAUGCAAAUGUGCUGAAGGGAUCUGAGUGUAUUUGAAAAGUUUUAUGUAAAUGUCCUUAGAUUAAAACAUUUAGUAUUAUGAAACUUGAUUUUUUAUGACAAUUAUUGGUUUUGUUUUGGACUCCUACAUAUUAAUUUGAUUUGUUUUAGUAUUUUACAUACAUUGAAUUUUAUUUUCUAAUUAUUUUAUCACUGUUGUCUUAUUUAGGCUGACAUGGCUUUGCUUGUCAAAUAUUACUAAGGGACCUGAACAAGACAAACAAUUAACUCUAGCCUUUUAAAUUCUCUUCAAACAAAAUAAUGCUUUAAAAAAAUAAUUUUGGUGAAAUUAGUUUAUUAAGUCUUUUUUUUUCAAUGAAUUAUUUUAAAAACCACUGGGCAAGGUAUCCAUCUGUGUCAAAAAUAAAUCACCAGAAAAGCAAAUGCAGAGGAUGAUCUCACACGUGUGGAUGCCAAUUUAAUCAGCAUGGUGGUCCUGGAGCAGAUAACUUUAAUAGUCAGAAGCCUGGAUGAGAAUUGUCUUCUACCUGAAAAUCUGCUUCAAGGAAAUGUCUCUACCCUCACUGCCACUACACUCAGGUAGGUAACAUUAAUUUGCUACAAAUAGUGUAGUUACAAACUUAUGAAAUAUAUCCAAGGAAAUUAUAAAUAUCUAAAAUUUUGAUUGAUAAAUCUGAAUCUUGUAAAAAAAUAUGGCAAAUUUUAUUUCAUAUUAAAUACUUGUAUCCAGUUUGUAAAUAAUUCAACAUUAUCAAAUGAUUGUGUAAAUAUAUUUUAUACAAAAUUUCAUAAUUCUUUUGUAGAAACCAACUUUCUCCCAAAGGCCAGAUCAUAUGGGAUGCUUUGUGGUCUCAUUUUACUAAGCUGGUUAAGCAAGAGGCCCUUGAACCGAAAGAGCUGUCAGCAAUCUUCACUCCCUGCCUUGUGGCUGAUGGAGGCUCCCAGGAUAAGGUCAGUGAAAUCCUAGAUGAUUCAAUGCUGCAUGCAACAGUCCAUUACAUUAGUGGUACUAUUUUACCCCAUAACAGUUAUUAUUAGUGAAACAGCGCACCUUGUUGAGGGUUUUUUUUUGCCAUGAAAAAGCCAAAUGUGCAUUUGCUGUGAAUUAUAUGAGAAAAUAGUAGGAUCUAAGAAAAAUGAUAUAGUGAUAUAUUGAUAUUUCUUGCAUGUGCAAUCUAAAUGUAUUCAAUUUAAUUUGAGUUCAUCGAAACUGCUUUCAAAUGUAAUGAAAAAAAUAUUGUUGAACCACAGACACAUUCAAAGAAAAUUUAGAAUAAAAAUUUCUAUUGUCUUCAAUAAUGUGAAAUAAUUUACAAAUUUAUUACUGUUGGUCCUAUAUUAAUUUUAGGGCCAUCAAUUUAUUUGUUAUAUACUGGAAGAACUAAACACAGAAAAACCUGGCACACCUCAAUGGAAUACAUCUGUGAGUCCUGGCAACACUCUGGGGGGUUCUGGAAGUUUAAUGGAAGAUGGCAGAGGUGAGAUUGUAUCAUCUUUGAAAUUAUACAUUAACCAAAAAAAAUUUUCUCUGUGCAUUCAAAAUAAAACAUGUUACUUAUGCAGGACAUAUAUGCCUCAAACUAGAUAUUGAAUUAUUCAUUAUUCAGUUUAGCUGCAUUUCUUAAGAUGUAAAAUUGGGAAUUUUGUUUAUUGAAUUUGAGAACAAUUCAAGUUUAUAAUUUUAAUCUUUCAAGUCCCACCUCUGAAGUUUGGCAGCCUACUGGACAAACCAUUCAGUGAUGAUGAAUCUAGUUACUUGACCACGAGUAUACCUCGAGAUACUAUCCCUCUUAAUGGUAGGCUGGCUGGGAUUUAAUGUUAAGCUCUUGACUAACAUUAAUAGAUUAUUAGAAAUAAGUUUUUUUUGUCAAGGCUUAUAUAAUUUUUUAAGUAAUUUAAUAGGAAAAAUAUAAUGUUUUGGUCAUUUUUUUUUUUUUAAACAAAUUUUUUAAAGAGUUCUAACCAGCAAAAGUGUUGUCUCUCUUUCAUACUAAAAUAGUAUUUGAAAUGUUACAAUAUAGGAUGUAGUUUUUAAAUGUUCAUCUUUGGCAUAAUUUCAAGUUUUUUUUAAAAUAUAGUUUUUGGGAAUCCCAAACUUUUUUGUCAUUUUUUAUUUUGAAUAAGUCACUGGUACUCAGUGUGACAUUCAGUGUGAUAUUCUGUGUACUAUUCAGUGUGUGAGACAUUGAAAAUGAAAAGUAAUUAUACUAUGACACAAAAAAAUAUUUUAUUUGAACAUUUAAUUAAUUCUUUUUAGGCUUUAUUAAAUUUCUAUUUUUUUCCUGUGGCAAUUUACAGAAACAGAUGCCUACAAAAGUAUGGUAUCAAGUACAACUGGGUUACAGCCACGUCGCCAGUCUUCCACCCAAGAAGACACUGAUGAUGAUGUGGAAAAACAAAUUGCCUCAGCCAUUUCUAAAAAGCCUGUGUAAGUUUUUGAUGUUAUCUCACAGUAACUUGUUGUCCGUCUGUGAUAGCUAUUGAGAUGAAUGCUCUAUUUGAUCUAUUCAAAGUGAUUUUCAUACUUUAUUAUUGCUUAUAUUUUUUUUUUUAAUUCCUAUUCCUUUCCUCACUCCUUGAAAUUUGUUAUUAAAAAAAAAACAAGUUCAGCUCUCUCUAAAUGCAAGCCAAGAAUACUAUUUAGUCUUGACUGUACUGAAAUGUAGAAUUAGAAGUAAGGAUCCUAAACAAUAAGGAGAAUUCAGGUUAUCUGUUUUGAAACAUAUAACUGGUUAUUUAUUUUUACAAAGUAAUACAUAAUCCAUAAAAAAAAUGUAUUUUUUUUUUACUUUGAAAAAUGAUUAUAAGUAAUUAAAUUAUUUACAUACAGUAUAUUUUGUAAGACAGUUGCUGUGUUAUAAAAUAGUUCAAAUGCUGAUAGCACACUGUAUCAAAAUGAGGUGUUGCUUUUACUGUUUUAAAAAUAGAUUUCAUCUGGUGGUCUUUUAUAAAUAUGUCAUUAUCCCUUGUUUAUGGGGGGGGGGGGAGUUGGGAAUUCAUUGUAAGAAGUGAUAACUGAUUUUCGAUUUUAAAAACAGAAUCCAUAAAACCAAUAACUGGUUUGUCAACAAAAAGAAAUGUAUAUCCAUAGUUAGAAAUUAAGUCGGCCAACUAUAUUAUAGACUCUUGAAUUAAAAAUAUCCAUAUUAUUUUAUAGAAAAUGAAAUAUUAAGAACUGGAUCAAACUCAAACAAAAAAUGCGUUUGUGGCUUUUUUUUUUUAAAAACGUGUGUAAAUACAAAAUAAGAUCACUGGGAAAGUAAUAUAUAGUAAAAAUUUAAUGUAUCAACAAAUUAAAUAUAAAUAAACAUUACAUAGGCUUGUUGUUUUUCUCAAACCUCAUGCUGCAGCUCAUGUUUAGUUCACAGCUGCCAGCACAGCAGAGAAUUUUAGAAAGGGAUGAUCCUUCAGAGACCAGCUCACAAACAAUGCAGACAUCAUCUCAUGUCUAUGUGCCAUCUGCUUUCACACCAAGGUGAGUUAGCAUCACUCUUAUGGAUUUAGCCAGUCAGUCCAAGUAAAUAAAGUGGCUAAACUUCUAUUCUUUACAGUCACUUUGUUUUUAAGCUUUAAAUUGUAUUUUGGGUAAAGUACAAAGAUCUGUAUAAUGUUCUGAGAGAAAGUAAAAAAUAUAAACUUUUUUAAAGAUGAUAUUGCUGCUUAAUUUAAUUUUUAAAAAUUAUAAAUUUUUUCUCCUUUAAGAAAAGGGAUGAAUAAGUUUGGAUCUGGUCAACCAAGGUUUGGUAAGCUUUCAUUUUCCAGUUUUACAUGUGUCUGAUUAUUAUUAUUAAACAAUUAAUCAUUGAAAAUUUAAACACUGUUAUGCCCCAAUAAAUCUGUUAUCUCUUAUUUUACUGAUAUUUCUUUAUAUACUUUCAAAUCACUAAUUACUGAAACUGAAAUUAUUUUUUCAUUAGGUGUUAAAAUCAGCUCUGACCUUGACACAGAUACAGAAGUAGAUGCUGGGAUAUUUGGAAGCAGUAAAAAAAUAGAGGAUGACUUUGAUUUCUAUGAUUAAAAUAACUUGAAGAAAGAACAUUUUCAUUUAAUUUUGUUUUAUUGAUAAGAUUAUGCAAAUUAGGAAAAUACUGUUCAUAUAUAUGUACAAAGAAUUAUAAAUUUAAUAAAUAAAAGUGCAUAUUACAUGGCAAACAAUUUUUUUCUUAUAAAUUCUGUGAAGACAAUAAAUUAAACAAGUGUCUAUUAGUUUGUCAAAUAUUAUUGUAAUUACUUUAGUUCUUAUUUGUUGUCCUAUUAUUAUUCUUGGAGUAUUAUUAAAAUAAGUGUUAAUCAAAAAGUCACAAUUAUAUAUUAUAUUAUACAUUAUAUUAUACAUUCAUUUUUUACAUUUACAAACUGAAAAAGUUAAAGUACUUUUAAAUAUUAAAAUGGAUAACAAUCAUUAAGUGAUAUAAUAAAGGGUACAUAGGCUGUGGGCACCAUCGGUGAUUCAGACAAAGAAUUUUU